AUGGAGGUGAGGGACGGGGGCGAGACGGGCACCGACAUAGGGACAGGGGUUGGCUAUGCUCCUCCGCCCUUCACACGCCUGGCGGGCCGCCGCGGCUCUCUUGGGCUUGGCCCCGUCGGCGCUGACGAGGCGACAAGGCCCGACCAGCUUUACGCCUGCCCUCGGCAGGUGUUCGAGCCCCGCUACCCCCUCCGGGCCCCAGCGCCCUCCCGUCCCAACGUGGCGUUCCGAGGCGGCGGCCGCUGCUGGGGCAGUGCGGAAGCGGGCGGGAGGCCCACGGACGUGUUCAGCGCCGCCCUGCCGGGCUCUGCCUCGCUCUAUGGCUGCUACAAAUCACAGAAUGAAGAAAAUGUGGAGUUACCUCAGGCCUACAGUUCUUCCCUUCCGACAUCAGAGUACUCUGCACCCAUGGACCCUUCCCUUUUGUACCCCCCUUGGUCUACAUGUACAGAUGACACCAAGCAGCCUGCUGCUCCUCAGAUUAACCUGAAGUCCAGGAUUCAGCCUGAAAGGAAUGAUUAUGGCAGUGAAACUGAUUUGUAUGGACUCGUGUCAAACAUCUUGGAAGAACAAGACAAACCACAGCCGUGCUUUGCUGAGGGGAGUUGCCCUCCCACCCUGAAGUCAGUGUGGCCAGUGAACACGACCAGAAUGGAGCACCAUGACCUGUUGCCAGAGGCCAGGAGGGCAGUUGUUGGAACAGUGCCCCAGCAGGGUUUCUAUGGCAGUGAGCCCAUCCCUGCUGCUGAGAAGCAGUUCCUGCAGAGCCCCACUCUGGUGGCACAGCAGAAAGCAGAUGAUUGUUACCGUGGUUUUGCUGGUGUGGACCUGGAAGAGCAGAGCUUGUACUCCAGGAGUGAUCGUACCAAUGGCUGCAACUUGCAGGCUAGUGAGGGUAUGAAGACAACAUCUGUGUAUCAGAACUACCCCUACCUGAAAAACACCUUUGCAGCCCAGGCUGGGUACUCAGAAGCAAUGAAAGACUCAGGAGCUGAUGCGUAUCCUUAUGGAAGGGAGAAGGUGUGUCCCAAAGGAGCAGAUGCACAGGUGCACCUAAAGCAGGCAGAAACAUUCCUUCCACAGUGUCACAGAUACAAUGAGAACACAGAUUAUACCAGAUACACUGAAUAUUCUCAUGUUGGUAAAGCAAAGCCCAACAAGGGCACCAAUUGUAACCUCCAAGAAAAUAGAAAGCUGGUAAAUGGAACCCCUGAGGCACCACCUCUGGAUGCAGAGCCCUAUGCUAAAUUAUUUCAAGUUAAAUCAGGAAAUCAGAAAAAAUUUGAAGAUACAAUUUCAGAUCAGCACGACUUUACAUUUCCCAAGCCUGUAGGACUUGUAUCAGAAAAGCAAUUUGCAAGUGAAUCUUCCUUCAGCACUGAUUUUGGGCAAAAAUUUGAAUAUGGACCUUUUGCAGCUUGUCCAGGGAAUAAUGGUGUGGAAAAGCAGCAGUUUUCCAAGGCCAAUCUUCAGAAUCCUGAAUUCUAUAAAUCACUCCCACUGUUGCCCAGUGCAGCAGUCCCCUCAGCAGGCUCUAGUGCCAGGCCAGGGUGGAUGAACAUCCAAACCAAAGCCACGGCUUCCAGCCCCUUCCAGAAUCCAAGUCCUUUGUUGAAACUGAAUAAUCAGUCACCUGCAUUUCCAAAAAGCUCUCGUCAUUCUAAUGAAGUUUUUCAGUUGCCAUCUUCAAAUUUGCCUUUGAAUAGUAAUUUACUUCACAAGUACUGUCAAGACAACCCAUUCCUGUCCAGCCCUGACUUCGGCUACAGCACUGCAGAGCGAGCUCGGGCGGCUGCGUGCAUGGAAGCCCUAGUUAGGGGUGGGGAAGAGAACCUCAUUGAGUACCUCAGUGAGAAGAAGUUGAAGCAGCCAAAUGGGAUCUGUGACAGUUACUUGGCUCAGCAGUUGGGGAUCAUUGACAAUCUGAACAAGCAGCGUUUCCAGCUGAAGCCACAGAGCGAGCACUGUGAUCUGGAAGGGCAGAACCAGGCGGAUGGGGUGUUUCAGGACAUGUACCAGGAGUUGCUGGAGUCUCAGGGGCAGCUGCAUCUUGGGGCAGGGAAUGGGGACUCCGGUGCCAUCGGUGCUGGGAGCUGCCUGCAGGCCCCAGGCAUUCCCAACUGCAUGGUGGGUGACUUUAGGCGGAGCCGGCAGCUGGGCCCCAGCACCUUCCCCAUGAGGUCUGCUCACCUCUUGGGCCGCUCCGUGGUGCCUCUGGUGGAGCCUCACACCUUGUUCUCCCAGGAUGACCUCAAACGCCUCUACCCCUGCUUUACAGACAAGAUGUACAGUGACAGUGCCCUCUCUGGGUUCGUGUCAGCAUUUGGAUUUCAAAAGCAAGUGAAGAGUCGCAGCGGGCCUGCCAGUGAGCUGCAUGUGAGACUGGAGGAAUGUUAUGAGCAGUGGAGAGCUUUGGAGAAAGAAAGAAAGAAGGCUGAAUCAGCUCUUGCUAAGAAUUUCCAAGGGAAGAAGGUUUCCAGUACUAACAACAUUCCAAUUCCAAGGCUGACAUCAAAUCCAUCAAGGGUUGAUCGCUUAAUUGUGGAUCAGCUACGGGAACAAGCCAGAGUGGUGACCCUGCUGGGGAAGAUGGAGCGGCUGCGCAGCUCCCCGCUCCACGCCAACAUCUCCACUGCCCUGGACAAGCAGCUGGAGUCCAUCCACGUGGUGCAGGCUCGCAGGAAGGACGAGAUUGUCAACACUUCCAGCCGCCAGCGGCACGGCCCGCCCAGGUGCCAGGACGAGAGAGUGGUGCUCGCCCUGGCCGCCGCGCUGCGGGCGCUGUGCCUGGCCACGCGCAAGGUCCGCACCGUGCUCUGGUGCGCCUUCCAGAUGACGCUGCCCAAGCCCUCCGCUGGCAAACGGGCUCGGGAGAGACUUCCCCAGGAUGGGGCGGCGCCCGAAGAGAAACGAGCCGAGACGCCCCCGGCUGCGGCUGCGGCCCCGGCCCCGCGGGGGCCCAGGGAAGGGGGGGCAGAGGGAGCCCCGGGGCCGUGCACGGACCUGCUCCACAGUGCGUAUGACAGAGGAGACGCGAAUUCCUCGUAA